AUGAAUGACUGCAUUCAAAUCUGGACGCCUACCCAGGGCUCCUCCAGCACCAACAUCACCACCACCAUCACCACCACCAUCAUCAUCAUUAUCGAGGAGGCUGGCGCCCUGGACUCCUCAGCCAUGUCGUCCUGGGAGAGGCGUCUCCAUCGGGCCAAAUGUGCUCCCACUUACCUGUUCUCCUGCUUCAACGGGGGCGAGUGCGUGCACCCCGCCUUCUGUGACUGCAGGCGCUUCAACGCCACUGGACCGCGCUGCCAGAUGGUGUACAAUGCUGGCCCCGAGAGGGACAGUAUCUGCCGAGCGUGGGGCCAGCACCACGUGGAGACAUUCGAUGGCCUCUACUACUACCUGUCUGGGAAGGGGAGCUACACACUGGUGGGGCGCCACGACCCCGAGGGACAGAGCUUCUCAGUGCAGGUGCACAAUGACCCGCAGUGCAGCUCCGCGCCCUACUCCUGUGCCCGGUCUGUCAGCCUGUUCUUCGCCGGGGAGCAGGAGAUCCACCUGGCGGAGGAGGUGACCCACGGCAGUGUGAGGGUCGCCCUGCCGCACGUGGUGGGGAGCGUGCAGCUGCAGAGGCUGGCGGCCUACGUCAUCGUGCGCCACCCAUCUGCCUUCACGCUGGCCUGGGACGGAGCCUCCGCUGUCUACGUCAAGAUGAACCCUGAGUUCCUGGGCUGGACCCACGGGCUGUGCGGGAACAAUAACGCUGAUCCCCUGGAUGACCUGGUGACCAGUUAUGGGAAGCUGACUGACGACGUGGCUGAGUUUGUGCACAGCUGGCAGGAGCAGCCCCUGCGCCAGCCUGCAGGGCCCAUGAGCUCCGCUCCGCCCCGGCCGCCGUGCCUGCAGCAGAGCCCCGGAACCAUGCAGGGUGUGUACGAGCGCUGCGAGGCGCUGCUUCGCGCCCCCUUCGUCGCCUGCCACGCCUUCGUCAGCCCGCUGCCCUUCUCGGCCAGCUGCACCAGUGACCUCUGCCAGUCUGGGGGCGACGAAGCCACCUGGUGCCGGGCGCUGGCCGAGUACGCGCGGGCAUGCGCGCAGGCGGGGCGCCCCCUGCAGGGCUGGAGGAGCCAGCUCAGGCAGUGCGCCGUGCACUGCAAGGAGAAGGCCUUUACCUACAAUGAGUGCAUCGCCUGCUGCCCCACCUCCUGCCAGCCCAGGGCGUCCUGUGUGGACAGCGAGAUCGCCUGCGUGGAUGGCUGCUAUUGCCCCGAUGGGCUGAUCUUCGAGGACGGGGGCUGCGUGGCACCCGCUGAGUGUCCCUGUGAGUUCCACGGGGCCCUGUACCCGCCGGGCUCGGUGGUGAAGGAAGACUGCAAUGCCUGCACGUGCACGGCAGGCAAGUGGACGUGCAGCAUGUCCAUCUGCCCAGCUGAGUGCUCGGUGACGGGUGACAUUCACUUCACCACCUUCGAUGGCCGCCGGUACACGUUCCCUGCCACGUGCCAGUACAUCCUGGCCAAGAGCCGCUCCUCGGGCACCUUCACUGUGACGCUGCAGAACACGCCCUGUGGCCUGAACCAGGAUGGAGUCUGUGUCCAAUCAGUGUCAGUGAUUCUGCACCAGGACCCUCGGAGGCAGGUGACCCUGACCCAAGCAGGGGACGUCCUCCUGUUUGACCAGUACAAGGUCACCCCACCCUACACCGAUGAUGCCUUUGAGAUCCGGAGGCUGUCCUCUGUAUUCCUGCGCGUGAGGACCAACGUGGGCGUGCGGGUGCUCUACGACCGGGAGGGACUGCGGCUGUACCUGCAGGUGGACCAGCGAUGGGUGGAGGACACCGUGGGCCUCUGUGGCACCUUCAAUGGCAACACGCAGGAUGACUUUCUGUCCCCUGUAGGUGUGCCGGAGAGCACCCCACAACUCUUUGGCAAUUCUUGGAAAACGCUGUCUGCCUGCUCCCCGCCGGUCUCUGGCACCCCGUUGGAUCCCUGCGACGUGCACUUGCAAGCUGCCUCGUAUGCCGUGCAGUCCUGCAGCGUGCUCACCGGGGAGCCCUUCGCGCCCUGCUCCGCCUACCUGAGCCCCUUGCCCUACUUUGAGCAGUGCCGCCGGGACGCCUGCCGCUGUGGGCAGCCCUGCCUGUGUGCCACGCUGGCCCACUAUGCCCACCUGUGCCGGCGCCAUGGGCUCCCUGUUGACUUCCGUGCCAGCCUGCCAGCCUGCGCGCUAUCCUGCGAGGCCACCAAGGAAUACAGUCCCUGUGUGGCCCCCUGCAGACAGACAUGCCAGGACCUGGCCAGCCCCGAGGCCUGUGGGGUGGACAGUGGCAGUGACCUCAGCGGGGACGAGUGUGUGGAGGGCUGUGCCUGCCCACCCGACACCUACCUGGACCCCCAGGCUGACCUCUGUGUCCCCAGGAACCAGUGUUCCUGCCACUUCCAAGGCAUGGACUUCCCGCCUGGAGACAGUGACAUCCCGGCGCUGGGCCACUGCCACUGCAAGGAUGGCGUCAUGAGCUGUGAUAGCAGAGCCCCAGCCACGGCCUGCCCCGCGGGCCAGGUCUUCGUGAACUGCAGUGCCCCGCACGCCGACCUGGAGCUGAGCAGAGAGCGGACCUGUGAGCAGCAGCUUCUGAACCUGAGCGUCCCGGCCCGGGGGCCCUGCCUGUCCGGGUGUGCCUGUCCCCAGGGCCUGCUCAGACACGGGGAUGCCUGCUUCCUGCCAGAGGAGUGCCCAUGCACUUGGAAGGGGAAGGAGUAUUUCCCCGGGGACCAGGUCACUUCUCCCUGCCAUACCUGCGUGUGCCAGCAGGGCUCGUUCCAGUGCGUUCUCCACCCCUGCGCCGCCACCUGCACGGCCUACGGUGACCGCCAUUACCGCACGUUCGAUGGCCUCCCCUUUGACUUUGUGGGGGCGUGCAAAGUGCACCUGAUCAAGAGCACAUCAGACUUCAGCUUCUCCGUGAUCGUAGAGAACGUAAACUGCUACAGCUCUGGCAUCAUCUGCAGGAAGUUUAUCUCCAUCAACGUUGGGAAUUCGCUGAUCAUCUUUGAAGACGACUCAGGAAACCCGAGUCCCGAGAGCUUCCUGGACGAGAAGCAGGAGGUCCACACAUGGCGAGCGGGCUUCUUCACGCUGGUACACUUCCCCCGGGAGCACAUCACCCUCCUGUGGGACCAGAGGACCACCGUGCACGUCCAGGCCGGGCCGCAGUGGCAGGGCCAGCUGGCAGGCCUCUGUGGGAACUUUGACUUAAAAACCAUCAACGAGAUGAGGACCCCAGAGAACCUCGAGCUAACUAACCCCCAGGAGUUUGGCAGCAGUUGGGCUGCAGUGGAGUGUCCAGACCCCCUGGAGCCCCGGGACACGUGUGUUCUGAACCCCCUGCGGGAGCCGUUUGCCAAGAAGGAGUGUGGUGUGCUGCUGAGUGAGGUGUUCGAGACCUGCCACCCCGUGGUUGACGUUACUUGGUUUUACUCCAACUGCCUGACGGACACGUGUGGGUGCAGCCGGGGUGGGGACUGUGAGUGCUUCUGUGCCAGUGUGUCCGCCUAUGCCCACCAGUGCUGCCAGCACGGGGUGGCCGUCGACUGGCGGACGCCUCACCUCUGCCCGUACGACUGCGACUUCUUUAACAAAGCCCUAGGGAAGGGGCCCUACCAGCUGGCCAGCUGGGCAGCAGCCGGUGCCCUGGUGGCGGCUAGGGCAGCGGGCAGUGCCCUGGUCCUGGUGAGGGCUGAAGACGCCCCUCAGGGGCUCCUGACGAGCUUCCUGCUGACGGCGGCCCUGUGCAAAGCCAAGGCCCACGACCCGGAUGUGGUGUCCCUGGAGGCAGCGGACAGACCCAACUUCUUCCUCAGUGUCACAGCCAACGGGUCCCUGCACCUGGCUCAGUGGCAGGACAGCGACACCUUCCGCGGCCGAGCCUCCUUCGCCCUGCACCGGGGCACGGGGCGGCGGGAGGGCCUGGUGGCGCUGGAGUCGCUGGCGGAGCCCGGGGCCUUCCUGCACGCGGCGGGCUCCGCGCUGGCCCUGCGGCCCUUCCAGCACUCGGAGGCCUUCCGCAGCGCCACGCUCUUCCGCCUUCUGGAUGCCAAGCCCUCGGGGGCCGCCUACCCCACCUGCGAGUGGCGCUAUGACCCCUGUGCCAGCCCCUGUUUCCAGACCUGCCGGGAUCCGCGGGCCGCCAGCUGCCGGGAGGUGCCCAGGGUGGAAGGCUGUGUGCCUGCCUGCCCCGCCCCCAGGGUCCUGGACGAAGUCACGCAGCGAUGCGUCUACCUGGAGGACUGUGUGCAGCCCGGGCUCCAGGUCCCCACGGACGCCCCUGGGAAUCAGACCCUCGCCCCUCAGCUGCCCACUCCUGGCCACGAGGAGCUACAGCCGCCAUCAGGACCUCCGGGGGCUCCCUCCCAGGGGCCAGCGUUCACCCCAGCUGCCCCUCUCAUCACGGCCCCCAACCCACCCACAGAGGGACCCCCGCAGUCUCCAGGCACCCCCCGGGCCACUCUGCAGCAGCUGCUGAGGGUCUCUAACGCCCCCCCUCACUUCACCAAGGCCCCGGCCGGGCACAGAGUGGCCACUAGCCACCCGGUCACCUCCCAGCCCCCCAAGACCUCCCUCACAGCAGAUGCCCCCCCACUGUGGCAGACACCAGCUCCCAGCACGGGGUCAGGUGCCAUGGAGACAACCAGCGUGACUGUGCCCUCGACCCAGAGCCCCAAUGUCACUGUCCCAACCCGCUUGCCCGAGGCACCCCACUUCCCUCUCAUGACCAAAGCAGUGCCAGUCACAGGCCCCGGGCCCUUUCCUGCCAAAACGACCCCUGUACAGCCCUCCCCCAGCCCGGGGCCACCCGCAGUGCCCUCUCCCCGUGGCACGGAGGCUUCUCCACAUGUGACCCCCAGACUCACUUCCUUGGGCUCCCAGGAGGCCUUGCUGACACCUGAAGUAGCAGAGGUCACCAACAGGACCGGGGGCCCCCAGGCUCCCCAGUCUCAGAGAGUCACCAGUCCCAGCAGCUCCCCAGCCGAGGCCGGGACAUCCACAGAGCAGCUGCGUGCUGGACCCCUGACAACCAAGAGAGCGGAGGUGGUGCUGUCCACGGAGGAGGUCCAGGCUGGGCCCAGCCAGCCCACGGGGCUGCCGCUGUCCCCGCUUCCAGGCCCAAUCCCCACGGCCCUGCCCAGCCCUGCCCGACUCACCGCCACAGCCACCAGGCCUCCAGCCAGGCUCCCGGCCACUCCAGCUGUCCAUGGCCUGUCCCCAGCUGCCCCCGAGCUGGGGGCCAUGCCCUUCACCCCUGCAGAGUCAACCCGGCCACCCCACCUCCUCUCUGGCCUCCCCCUGGACACCAGCCUGCCCCUGGCCAAGGUGGGCACAUCUGCCCCCGUGGCUAUGGUUGGCCCAGAGGAAUCCACCAGCAGCCGUCCACUCCAGCCGCAGGCCACGGCUCUCACCAGAGCCACGACUCCACCUGUGUGGACAGACAGGCUGGCUGUUUCUCCUACCCAGACCCCCCCUGUCCAGGCACUUGCUAUGGACCACAGCACCCCCGAGGCCCCGGGCACGGCAUCAGGUCCGCUUCCCGAAGCCCCAGUGCCAACCUCUGAAGCAGGGGCCAUGGCCGAGGGGCUGCCCUCCACAGUGUCCAGCAUUCCGGGGAGGAGCACCACAGGGAGGACGGCCAUUCUGUCCAAGCAGGUGUCUCUGCCCAGCUCAGUGGAUAGCUCAGCAGAUGGCCCUGGGCAGGGAGGGCACACGGAGCUCCCACCAGCUUCCACCCACAGUCUUGCUGCAGCCAUGGUGGUGACUGGGGUCCCAGGUCCCUGGGUGGGCAUGGCUCCCCUGGGGCCCACCUCCCACCCACCAAGCAGCCUGCCACUCUGGACAGCCUCCCGAGAGAGCCCUGGGGCACUGCUCCUUCAGCUGCCCGAGGCCCACGGCCCCUCAGCAGGCCCACAGGGGCCUGCAGAGCCAGGGGGCGAGGCUACCACUGAGCAGUCUGGGCGCUCAGCUCCCGUCCAGAGCAUCCCCGAGGGCUCAGCCUGGGCCACCACGGAGGCCAAUGUGUCUGCCACCUGUGUGCCAAUUGCGGAGCAGGACUGCGUGCGCCACAUCUGCCUGGAGGGCCAACUGAUCCGUGUGAACCAGUCCCAGCACUGUCCCCAGGGUGCAGCUCCCCCUCGCUGUGGGGUCCUGGGCCUUGGCGUGAGGGUGGGCGGGGACCGCUGCUGUCCACUCUGGGAAUGUGCCUGCCGCUGCUCCAUCUUCCCUGAUCUCAGCUUCGUGACCUUCGACGGUAGCCAUGCAGCCUUGUUCAAGGAGGCCAUCUACGUCCUCAGCCAGAGCCCAGAGGAGCUGGUCACUGUGCAUGUCCUCGACUGCAAAAGUGCCAACCUGGGACACCUGAACUGGCCCCCGUUCUGUCUGGUGAUGCUGAAUGUGACUCACCUGACGCAUCGGAUCACCGUUGACCGCUUUAGCAGGAAGGUGACUGUGGACGCACAGCCGGUGUGGCCCCCUGUGAGCAGGCUUGGGUUCAGGAUCGAAGACACGGGCCACAUGUACAUCAUCCGGACGCCGUCACACAUCCAGAUCCAGUGGCUCCACAGCUCGGGACUCAUGAUCCUGGAGGCCAGCAAAGCCAGCGACACCCAGAGCCGGGGCCUCUGUGGGAUCUGUGAUGGGGACGCAGCCAAUGACCUCACCCUGGAGGACGGCUCGGUGGUGGGGGAGACUGAGGACCCUGCCCCCUUCCUGGAUAGCUGGCAGGUGCCCAGCUCCCUCACCUCGGUGGGCCAGACCCGCUUCCGCCCGGACAGCUGUGCCACGGCCGACUGCUCGCCCUGCCUCCGCAUGGUGUCCAACCGCACCUUCAGCGCCUGCCACCGCUUCGUGCCCCCGGAGUCCUUCUGCGAGCUGUGGAUCCGAGACACCAAGUACGUGCAGCAGCCCUGCGUGGCGCUGACUGUGUACGUGGCCAUGUGCCACAAGUUCCACGUGUGCAUCGAGUGGCGGCGCUCCGACUACUGCCCCUUCCUGUGCUCCAGCGACGCCACCUACCAGCCCUGCGUGGUGGCCUGUGAGCCCCCCGAGUCGUGCCAGGACGGGAUGCUGGGCCCAGCCGACCCAGAGCGUUGCCAGGUGCUGGGCGAAGGCUGCGUCUGCUCCGAGGGCAGCAUCCUGCACCGGCGCCACUCGGCGCUGUGCAUCCCUCGGGAGAAGUGUGCCUGCACUGACAGCGCAGGGGUGCCGCGCGCCCUGGGCGAGACCUGGAACAGCUCCCUGAGCAGCUGCACCCAGCAGCAGUGCCAGGCCCCCGACACCGUGGUGCCCGUGGAGCUGCACUGCCCCGGCCCGCGGCCGGAGAGCUGCCCGCGCUUUGGGGAGGUGGUCCUGCUGCUGCCCACCCAGGAGCCCUGCUGCCUGGGCGCCGUGUGCGUGUGUAACCAGACUCUGUGUGAGGGCCUGGCCCCCACCUGCCGCCCCGGCCACCGACUGGUCACCCACUUCCAGGAGAAUUCCUGCUGCCCCCGCUACAGCUGUGAGUGUGACCCGGACCUGUGUGAGGCAGAGUCUCUCCCCAGCUGCCGCCCGGACCAGACCCUGAUCGUUGGCCGUCUGGGGGACUCAUGCUGUGACUCCUACUUCUGUGCCUGCGGCGACUGUCCGGACCCGAUCCCUGAGUGUCAGGAGGGGGAGGCGCUCACAGUGGACAGGAACACCACUGAGCUCUGCUGCCCUUUGUACCAGUGCGUGUGUGAGAGCUUCCGCUGCCCCCAGGUGGACUGUGGCAUGGGCACCGCCCUGGUGGAGGUGUGGAGCCCAGACCGCUGCUGCCCCUACAAGUCCUGCGAAUGUGACUGUGACACAAUCCCAGUUCCCCGGUGCCACCUGUGGGAGAAGUCGCAGCUGGACGAGGCGUUCCUGCGCAGUGCCGAGAACGUGUGCGGCUGUGCCAAGUACGAGUGCGUGAAGGCCCCCGUGUGUCUGAGCCGGGAGCUGGGCGUGAUGCAGCCGGGACAGACGGUGGUGGAGCUCUCGGCCGACGGCGUGUGCCACACCUCCCGCUGCACCGACCUGCUGGACCCUCUGAGCGGCUUUUACCAGAUCAAUGCCACCUCCGUGCUCUGUGACGUCCGCUGUGAGGCGAACCAGGAGUACGAGCACCCGCGGGACCUGGCGGCCUGCUGCGGCGCCUGCAGGAACGUGUCCUGCCUCUUCACCUUCCCCAACGGCACCACCUCCCUGUUCCUGCCCGGGGCGUCCUGGGUCGCAGAGUGUGCCCGGCACCACUGCAGCAGCACCCCCCUGGGCGCCGUGCUGGUUCGCUCGCCCAUCAGCUGCCCCCCGCUCAACGAGACCGAGUGUGCCAAGGUUGGGGGCUCGGUGGUGCCUUCCCUGGAGGGAUGCUGCAGGACAUGCAAAGAGGACGGACGCUCUUGCAAGAAGGUGACCAUCCGCAUGACCAUCCGCAAGAACGACUGCAGGAGCAACACUCCCGUGAACCUUGUGUCCUGUGACGGGAGGUGCCCAUCCGCCAGCAUCUACAACUACAACGUCAACAGCUAUGCCCGCUUCUGCAAGUGCUGCCGCGAGGUGGGGCUGCAGCGACGGGCCGUGCAGCUCUUCUGUGCCACCAACGCCACCUGGGUGCCCUACACGGUGCAGGAGCCCACCGACUGCGCCUGCCAGUGGUCCUGA